AUGAGUGAGAUUCAGGGCCCUGGCGGGUGCGGGGACGGCCAGGCUGGGGGCGCUGGCGUACGAGACCCCGAGGUGGGGAUAGGAUCCCAUCAUGGCGACGCGGAGGCUCUUAAGAAAGCGGCGCGGGAGGCCAUGCGCUGCCUGGAGCGCCUGGCCGCGGCCUGCCCCGCCGCCGCCACCUGGCCCUGUUUGAUGAGGCACCGCACCGAGUUGCUCGCCGUGCUUGGUGCGCGCGACGCCCUGUUGGUGGCGGCCGCGGCGUCGCUGGUCGCGCAGUCCGCGGGAGAGCAAGGCGGCUGGGUUGGUGCGGCAGACCGAACACCAUGUGAUCUGGAAGCAGCCCGGCAGCUGCUGGAGGAGGCGCGGCGCGGUGCGUGCGGCGCGAAUCGCUGGGACUGCGCGGUGCCCAUGCUCGCCGCCGCCGCUGCAAUGGGACAUGGCGAGGAUGGCACCGCACUGCAGCGUCUGGCCGCCGCGGUCGCGGCCGACAUUGAAGGAGGGGUCUGCCGCGGCAACGCACGGUACCCUAGCUCCGCAGCGAGCAUGGCGCGGCUGGCGGCCUGGGGCCUGGCCUGGCUGGACCCCGGCAGCCCGCCGCUUCAAGCCGCGGCGCAGAGGCUGCUGGCGGCGCCUGGAUCAAUCGGUCCCGAGCCUUCCGCCGCGCUUUCCUCGUCGUCGCUGGUCCUGGCCGUCGGCCUGUUCCUGCGCCACUGCCCGCCGGACCGACUGGAGGGCGCGCGCCCUCUGGCAGAGUAUACCCUGAAUGUCUUGGCAUCGGGCGACGCCGCCGCAAGAGCAGCGGCGCUGCGCGUCCUGCUCGCCACGGCUUCCGCGCAGCUGCCGCUGGCGCUGGCUGCGCGCGCGCCGCACCCGGUGCCGACGCCGGAGCGGGAGGCUUGCGCCGCGCGGUGCCAGCUGGACCUCAUCCAGCCCGCGCUGCUGGCGCUGCUGGGGUGCCGGGCGGGACGGGAGGCGGCGCUGCUGCCGGGCGUGGCGGCCGCGGUGGGCCUGGCCCCUGCGGCCCUGGCGCAGGCCACCCUGCCCCACGCCCUGCCCCCGCUGAUGGAGAGUGGGGAGCGCCAGGACCUGGACGCCCUCAUCGCAGCGACUGGCUCCAGCCCCAAGGAGGUCAUGCUGGAGCAGGGGCAUCACGUGCUCGCCUCCCAGCUCCUGCGCGGCUCCGGCGCCUUUGACCCGCUCAUCGCACUGAGUGAGGAGCUGACGGGCAUGACCUUCCUGGAGUUCCUGCGCGCCGCCAUGCCACGCACUCUGGGCGAGCGCGUCUCGCGUGUGGUGCUGGAGCUGGGCCGGCUGGCGGCGCACCGCCGCAGCGAGGUCCCCGCCAGCGCCACCGACUUCCUGGCGGAGGGCGACCACGUGACACGCACGCUGAAGGAGCUGGGCGACCGCCUGGACGCGGCGCUGCCGGGACCGAGUGCCCUGGAAGGCGUGCAUGCCCGGGCCGGCCAGACGAGAGGCGGCGGUGGCCGUGGCGGCGGCAGCAACAGUGGCGGGGGUAGUGCCAAUUUUCCCGUCGAUACCAAUGUUUGCACGUCACCGUGCCCGCCACGCGCCGGGCCCGACGCUCCCCCGGCGUCGUCGCGGGGCGAGGACGCGGUGACGGCGCUGCGCUGCGUGGCGCUGCUGGCGGAGUUGACGGGGCGCCACGUCACGCGCUGGCUGCCGCAGCUGGCAGCGCUGCUGGCGCGCGGGUGCGGCGCCGGCGCGCCGCGCGCCGCGCAGUGCGCCGCGCUGGCCGGCUGGACCGGCCUGCUGCGCGCGCUGGAGGGCGUCACCCCCCGCGCGCUGCGCGCGCUGUCACGCCAGGCCGGCACCUGGGUGCUGCCCUGCCUGGCCGCCGGCGGCGCGCCCGCGCGCCGCGCCGCGGGCGUGCUGGCCCUGCUGGCCGACGCGGCGGGGACGACGCGGGUGCUGCCGCCGCUGCCGGACGUGCGAGAGUGCGCGGUGCUGCGCGCGCGCGCCGCGGCUGAGCGCGGCGGCGACGGUCCGGACGUCGCGCUGGCGGCGCUGCUGGAAAGCGUGGAGGACGAGUCGGCCGCCGUGGCGGGGGCCCUGCUGCGGCACUGCGAGCAGCAGGCCUUUGGCGCGCUGGACCCGCCCGCGCGCGCCGCGCUUUCCUCCUGCCUGGGCCUGGUGGGCGCCGUGGACCCCGCCCGCCUGGGCCUGCCGCGCCGGGAGCCGCCCUCCAUGGCUCGCUCCGACGGGGAGCUGGUGCUGCAGGUGGUGCAGGCGCACCUGCUGCGCUUGCUGCGCAGCGCCACCAGCCUGCAGGCCCUGGACGCCUGCAGCUUCGGCCUGCAGGAGAUCCUGCGUGGGUGCGGGCACCUCGUGGCGGGACCGGAUGGGUCCGCCUCGCAGGAGCGCGGCGGCGACUGGGCCGAGGCCGGCGGCGAGGAGCGCGCUGCGCCGCGGGCGAAGCGGGCGCGUCGUGGCGGGUCCAGGACCCCGCCACCGUCUGCCAACCCUGUCCUCGCAGCCCUACCCGAGGACGCCCAGACGAUCGUACUGCCGUACCUUGACUCCAAGUACAGCGUGCGCAGCGCGAUCCGGCGCCCCCCCGGCCCCGUCUUCGCCGGCGGGGAGGCCAGCGGCGCGCGCCUGACGCACCGCCGCUGGCUGGCGCUGUGGAUGACGACGCUGGCGGAGCACCAUGCGCGCGGCCCGCUGCAGCCGCUCUUCGCGGCCGUGCUGCCGCCGCUGCGCCACGACCUCACCCUCUCCCUCUUCCUCCUGCCCUACCUCGUGCACUCUGCCGUAACCGACGGCGGCGAGGCCAGCCAGGCCGCCGUCCAGCAGGAGCUGGCGGCGGUCAUCGCGGGGGGGCCGGGGUCGGCGGAGGGCGUGAUGUGCCUGCAGACCGUGUUUGGCCUGCUGGACACGCUGCAGCGCUGGGUGGAGGACGCGCGCGUGUCUCGUGCGCGUGGCGACCCCGCCGGCGGGGGCCAGGCCGGCACCGACGGCGAGCGCUGGGCGGCGCUGGCGCGGGCGGCGUUCAGCUCGGGCGCGCACGCUCGCGCGCUGCAGUACAUGGAGCUGCACCUUCGGUCCAGGGUGGGCGGCGGCCUGAACCCCUGCGCGCGCACCAGCCACACCUACGGCGAGGCGCAGGUGGCCUUCCUCAAGGAGGUGUAUGGGCGAUUGGAAGAGCCGGACGGCAUGGAGGGCCUGCUCAAGCUGUGCGGGGCCGGGGCGGCGACCUCCUCUGGGCCGCUGGCGGCCGCGCUGCAGACGGGAAACUGGCCCGACGCCGCGGUACUCGAAGAGCUGGAGGAAAGCGCGGGCGAUGGUGGUCAGGGAGAGGGGGUGGAGGGCCUGGCGGGGGCCACGGCCGAGCCCGCGCUGCCGGCUCUGGCGGCGCUGGGCGCGGCGGCUGCCUGGCGGUUGGGCGAAUGGCAGCUGUCGCGCAAACUGGCACGCGUUGCUGGGGAGCAGCAGGACCCCGGGCGUGCGUGGGAGGUUGGCAUGGCCCGCCUCCUCACCGUCGCGGCGAGUGGGGGUGGUGCGGGAGGAGGUGGCCGACCGAGCGCACAAGCCCAUUGCAACGCCGCCUUCGCCACCGAGCUGGCGCGCGUCAGGGAGGAAAGCAUGGCGGCGUUCCUGGGUGCCGCGUGCGAGUCGUACGCGCGCGCCUACCCCUGCCUGGCCAACCUGGCCGCGCUGCAGGAGCUGGAGGACCUGGCGGCCUGGCUGCCGGCGUGCCGCACGGCGGGCACACCCCCCCUCCCCGUGGACCUCCCCAACAACCUGGCCCUGGGCUGGACGGCGCGCCUCGCGGCCAGCCAGCCCACGCUGACGGUGCGCGAGCGCCUGCUGUGCCAGGCUGGAGUGGUCGUGAAGCUGGCCCGGGUGAUGGCGGACUCGGGGCAGGGCACGCAGGACGACAUCAUAGGCCUGUUCCAGCGCGGCAUCUCGCUCCAGCCAGGCAAGGAGGACGUCUACUUCCGCUACGCCGUGUUCCUGGACAAGAUGCUGCUGGACGCGCGGGCGCGGCAGCGGGGCGAGACGCGUGCGGCCGCGGGGAAGCACAUGGACCGUCUGCACGGCCGGUCCAAGCUUAAGCUGGGCGAGGACCGGCCCUACCUGGAGAUCCUGCUGGAGGUCCUGCGCAUGUACGGCCGGGGCCUGGUGCUGGGCAGCCGGCACGUCUACCAGGCCCUCCCCCGCCUGCUCACCCUCUGGUUCGAGCACGGCGGCGGCGGCCAGGGAGGCCCAGCGGCGGCCGCCCCCAGCGCCAAGGACCGCGAGUGUGCGGCCGCCGUGGCGGCGCUGAUGCAGGAGCUGGCGCGCAGCGUGCCCCUGCACGUCUGGCUGACCGCGCUGCCGCAGCUCACCUCCCGCAUCUGCCACCCGGAUGCCGAGGUGGCGGGGGUGACGCGCGGCAUCAUCACCCGGGUGACCCAGGUCUACCCCCACCAGGCACUCUGGGCGCUGGCAGCAGUGUCCAAGUCCGGGGUGGCCUCCAGGCGGUCUGCCGCCAAUUCCAUUGUCCAGGCUGCAAAGAAGGCUGUGUCCGGCGACAGCGAGCGCCGCCUCUUCUCGGAGAUGGGAUCUUUCUGCGAGCAGCUGAUUCGACUCUGUUUCCACCAGGCCCGGCAGAAGAUCUCAGCGCGAAAGGAGUUCAGUCACUUAGUGCGCACGUUCCCACUGCACGCCCUCAUGCCGACCAUGGCCGCUCUGACGGUGACGCUGCCGCCAGACGGCAAGCACAUCCCCGGCUGGAGGCCCUUUGCCGAGCCCAUCACCAUCGCCGGGAUGGAGGACGAAAUCGAGGUGCUGCGCUCCCUCCAGGUCCCCAAGAAGGUGUCCUUUUUGGGCUCCGAUGGCCAGUCCUACACCCUGCUGGCCAAGCCCAAGGACGACCUGCGCAAGGACACGCGGCUGAUGGAGGCCGCGGGGGUGCUGAACCGCCUGUUCCUGGAGGACCCUCGCGCGCGGCGGCGCGGCCUGAGCCUGCGUCGCUUCGCCGUGCUCCCCCUGACCGAGGACUGCGGGCUGGUGGAGUGGGUGCCGCACACGGUGGGCCUGAGGCACUGCGUGCAGGACGUGUAUGCGGCGGAGGGCCUCUUCUCCCGCGAGACCACCAACGGCAAGAUCAAGGCCAUCAAGGCAGACCUACUCGAUGGCGUGCUGGCCCUCUUCCCCCCCCGCCUCCACCGCUGGCUGCUGAACAAGUUCCCCGAGCCCUCCGCCUGGCUGGCCGCCCGCCUCGCUUUCACCCGCACCGCCGCUGUCUGGUCCAUGGUGGGGCACCUGGUGGGUCUGGGCGAUCGCCACGGCGAAAACAUCCUGCUGGACCAGGCCUCGGGGGACGUGGUGCACGUUGACUUCUCCUGCCUCUUUGACAAGGGGCUGACCCUGGAGAAGCCGGAGGUCGUGCCCUUCAGGCCAGUCCGAGGAAGAGGGGGGGGGGAGGGGCUGACGCAGAACGUCGUGGACGGGUGUGGCGUUACGGGCGUGGAGGGCGUCUUUGUGGCCGUCUGCGAGCUGACGCUGACGGUGCUGCGGCGGCACCAGGGCACCAUCCUGAGCGUGAUGGACACCUUCGUGCACGACCCCUUGGUGGAGUGGGUGCGUGCGGGGGCCAAGAAGGACGCCGACGCCGGGAACCCGCACGCCCAGGAUGCCCUGGCCACGAUUCAGGGCCGGCUGCAGGGCACGCUGCUGGGUGUGAGCUCCACCCCCUGCCUCCCGCUGUCCUGUCAGGGCCAGGCUCGGCACCUCAUCGAGGAGGCCAGCAACAAGGAGAACCUGGGGCAGAUGUACAUCUGGUGGAUGGCCUGGUUCUGA